AUGGCCACCCCCGAACGUCGACCUGGCCAAACAUCAUGGGCGCGUCGCCAACAACAGCAACACGAGUCUCCGUUCUCACGGGCGCGCCGUGAACGUCUGCAUUUGGACGCGCUCAGUCCUCCUCAAAAAUCACCUGCGCGGCGUCGUUCAAGCUUCAGCCAAACAAAAACACUAGCGGGUGCUUUCGCGCACACGGUCUCGCGCCUGCCGUUAACGGAGAUCGAAGACGACCUUUUCCUGCCCGAGUACGCGCGACGAGGCUCACCCCGCAAACGAGGGCAGAGCACCAGCACAAUGUCUGGACGUUCGAAUCCGCCAGACUUAGAAAAUGCCUACAGGCAGGUGGAGGACGCAGUCAGUCUUACUGACAUUGAUCCGUCCGACGACGAAAAUGUCGUGUAUAUGGCCGGCAAGGACAAGCUCAACAAGCGAAUAUCCGCCACGGCUGCACAAAGAGAGCAGCGAUUAUCCACCGUGUCCGAAUCGAGUUUCGGAACCCAGUCGCCCCGUCGUCGGUUUGAUUUCACAAUGGACGAAGAGCGGUUGAAGCGGGCUACAUCGAGUCGGUCUCCGGUGCUAGACAAGGCUGCUCUGGGUAGUGCACCUUCGUCGGAACAUUUACAACGACGAGACUCAGAGGAUAACAGUACGGAAGCGGAGGAGGAGGAGGAGGAGGAGGACUAUGGCAUUGAGCCACCAAUGAAGGCGCCUUCAACCUGGGGGAGUAGGGCAAAAUCGGGUAGUGCCUGGAUGAAGAGCCUUACUAGGAACCAUGAACGGGCGUCGACUCUGCAUGAGUCUGGAGACACUUCGUCUCGGUUGUGGGGCGAGGUAAGUUCGAAACGCGCUCAACGGGCUGCAGAGAGUCAGGAAGAGGGCGUGGAGAACCCAAUACGCUCACAUCACGAGCUUCCUCCACCCUCUCCAGCACCAUCUUCUGAGCGAAAAGAGGAGUUUCCGUCUGGUGGCCAUAGGAUUCCAAACACACCCAUUUCUAUUUUCCCAAGUUCAACCUUUACUAAGCGGAGUCCAACAAAGCGGGACUCGCACGACUUGAUCCGCAAGCUUUCGCGGACUGGGAGUCCGGGUCAAAAUGCGACAGAGGCAACUCAGACUCCAGAACAGACGACAACGGGACGACGUAUCUAUGACAAAACGCCAGUUGCGCCGGGUGGCUGGAUCGAUACUCCGAUGACACAGCGAGCCCCGCCUUCACAACCUGUCAUCAAAGCACUGGGGUCGAAGUUGGACAAUGCAUGGAGUCUCGGGAGAUUGAUUGAGGAAGCAAGUAACAAAAAAGAGGACGCGUCAACACUGAUACCAAAUUUCGAACCGUUGAAUGAUAUAGAAAAGGAGAAGCCGCCAGCAGAGCAACCGAAUGACGAAACGAAAGAAAAGUCAGCAGGACAGGUUAAGGAAACAUUCGAGCUUGAGCACGUUGAAGAGAAACAACCACAGAAAGGUGGACCGACGCCGAGUCUCUCCACCCACAGCACACGAGAAAUGAAAAGGGAUUUGGAGCCAGUAGAACUGCCUCUUCCUGAUCACCCUAAGAGCGCUUUGGAAACUGUCUUGCAGGAACACAGGGAUAACAAGGACUCUCUGGACGUCGGUGAUGAUACGAUCGAGUCUCUCCAAGCCCUUGUGGAUCAGCAGCCAAGCGAAGACACCGAAACUCAGGAACAAGAUGACGCCGCGUACGAGCAGCAAGUGAUGAGCGAACUCGAAUCCGCCCAGUCUUCGGAAAUGAAAGAUUUCGAACGUAUAGAAGGGAAGCUGCAAUCGUUGUCUGACAACAUGUCCCAUUUAAAGUCGGGCCUUAACCAGUUGGAGGGCCGCAUAUCUCAAGACACCGAGCAGAUUAUCGCUUCCAUCACUAAGAAUCCCCUCGAUAUAACUGAGGGGGCUACGCGACCACAGGAAAGCUGUGAGACAUGCAAGAAGCUCAAGAACGUCGAGGUAGUCCAUCAGUGCAUUCCGCUUCCACACUUAUGGGAUCGGGGCCGCGUUCGGUGGUUACCCCGACCAACGCGCUUGGGGUGGUGUAUCCUCAUCCCGCUGGCUUGGUAUAUUUUGGAGAACACUAUGUGCGACGAAUUCUGCCAUCCAGUUGUCGCUGAAACGUGCGAAGGCUAUUGCCUGGAACCAGAUGCACCUCGCUAUCCAUUUGUCAUCCCGACGUUGUUAUGGCGCUGGUUACACCUAUCUGAUAUUCUAGCCCCGUUAUGGGCUAUUCUUGUCGCCUUUUCCCGAAUUUUCUCACAGCUGCUGGGACUGUCAGAUGGAUAUGUAGAUGAUGUUGAACUUCCAAGACUCAACUUGUCCGGCAAGGUUUGGAUCAACGGUACCAGGAUGGAAGACAUUCCUCCGCUUGAAACAUCAACAAACAAAGUCUUCGCUCCACCGGUAGUCAAAUUUGAAUGGGAGAAAACAACUCACAUUCCAAAGCCGAUUUCUGAUAUUCACUCUGACACAAACUCUGAGAGCGAAGACUGGGAGGAUAUCUCCAUGGAUGAGGACGAGUUUCUUUAG